ACCGCCCCUGAACAGUGGAUGAAAAAAAUGGAGUUGAGCGAACUAGCAGCAAGUUAGCCAGCAAAGGACGUCUAGUUUCAAUUUGAUGUUAUUUAGUUUGUAGGCUGACCUUUAGAUAAGUGAACGUUUCUAACUAAGUGAAACAGCCCGAUGCGACCGCAGCAAACUAAUCGGUAGUUUGUAUUUUGUACCUUUCGUAAGAAUCUGUCAAACGGGUAAACAAACCGGCAUCUUGGUUACGACAAAGACACCCAGGCUGAUUAGCUUGUCCUGACUAAAGGAGCAGUCUCCGCUCGCCCAGACUCACUGCUUCACAAACGAAGAGCGUGAGUGCGAUCGAAAUGGAAAAGGGGGAUUUCUUAAAGGGAUUGCCUGUCUACAACAAGACUAACUUCAGCAGGUUUCAUGCAGACUCUGUGUGUAAAGCAUCAAACCGUCGGCCGUCUGUCUAUCUUCCAACCCGGGAGUAUCCAUCGGAGCAGAUCAUAGUGACAGAGAAGACAAACAUCUUGUUGCGAUAUCUUCAUCAACAGUGGGAUAAAAAGAAUGCAGCAAAAAAGCGAGAGCAGGAACAAACAGAGGGGGAGAAUGCAGCGCCUCCACGAAAAAUAGCCAGAACAGACAGUCGAGAGCUGAACGAGGAUUCGUAAACCGCUGCGCCUGGCAAAGACUGAUCUACACAAAUGCAAAGCACACACAGACGCAGGAUCUUUGCAGAGACAGUCCUUAAAACUGAAGCACAUGUGUAUCGAUAAAUGUCGGCCAACAUCUGCUGUGGCGCUGAUUUCAGAACCAGACCAACAUCCUUAACCAAUAUCUUUUUCCCUCUGGUUUAUAUACUGCUUUCACCCACUAUAUACUCCACCGUCAAAACACCUCUGCCUCAGAUUUUAGCCUUUGUAGCUACAAAAUAACUUCCAUCUACCUCUUUAUUUCUCAAACACUCUGGUCUUCUCUUUAUCUUCACACAAGUUUGUUUAUAUUUGCAGGGAGCUCCUCUGUUGCCAUUUGAAGGUUUACAGCUGACAUACAGUAGAGAUUCUCACCAUCCAUGACAUGCAUGUUUUGAAUUUGUAUAUGCGACUAAGGAGCCUGCCACCUUUUUUUUAAAAUUACCUAAUAGAUCCUAAAAUUUACAUUUAGUUCAGCUGUUCAUAUAAGCUUCAUACGAUAAUUGUUAUUACAGAGAGAAAAUAAAGCUGCUUUGUAUUAGU